AUGAAAUACCAAGAUAAUGUUUGCAAGAAGAUUGUCAUAUUAUACAAGUAUAUUAAUACAAAGUCUUAUCAGUUUGGUUUUAUCUGAAUAGUCAUGUCGAAGACAUUGGUGAUUUUUCUGUGUACCAUUUUUAUCGCUUCAGCGAUCGCCACCCAGUGUUUCACAGACGCCGAAUGUGGACAGGAUGAAUGCUGUUUCCGCCACGAGGGACCGAUGAUAGUCAGCAAGCGCCAGGAUCUACUGCUCACAGCAACUCACCACGGUGUGUGUGAGAGGUACCAGGUGCUUGGGGACCACUGCAGCCCCUUUGACAAGCUGAACGGUCACUGUAGCUGUGGGCCGGGACUCACCUGUCAGUUUGUCCCCGCCUCUACCACUAUGUCCCCCAAACGGAAGCUUUACAUGCCAGGUCCCGGGGCUUAUCAAUGUGCACCCACGUCAUAACCGUGUAGAAAGACGAGAGACUAGGAUGUAUCUGCAUUGUGUAAAAAUAAAUUUAAAAUAAAAUAUAUACAUUAAAA